CUCUGCUGGGAACUACAUGGUGCUCAAUUUUUCAAGAUGUCGUCGCUGGAACAGAGGCUGUCGCGAAUCGAGGAGAAACUAAAGCAGGAAAAUGAAGAAGCUCGCCGGAGAAUCGACCUCAACAUCGACAUGAGUCCACAGCGACCACGUCCGAGGCCGAUCAUCGUGAUCCAGCUCAGUCCUGCUCCAGCCCCUUCACAGCGUGCAGCACUCCAGUUGCCGCUGGCCAACGAUGGAGGCAGCCGUUCAUCGUCUUCAGAGAGCUCACCUCAGCACCACCCUUACCCCAGCCGCCCGCGACACAUGCUCACCCUGCCCACACCUCCGUACGGCCUGCAGAAGAGCCUAGAGAAUGCAGAGAUUGACCAGAAAUUGCAAGAGAUCAUGAAACAAACGGGUUACCUGAAGAUCGACGGUCAGCGGUAUCCAGCGGAGGUGACAGACCUGAUCAGCGAGGGGGAGAUAGGCAGUGGGACCUGUGGACAGGUCUUCAAAGUGCGAUUCAAGAAAACUGGCCAUGUCAUCGCUGUCAAACAAAUGCGUCGUACAGGAAAUAAGGAUGAGAACAAGAGGAUCCUGAUGGACCUGGAUGUGGUGCUCAAGAGUCACGACUGCCCUUACAUCAUCCAGUGCUAUGGCGCCAUAGUUACCAACACGGAUGUAUUCAUUGCCAUGGAGCUGAUGGGAACAUGUGCUGAGAAGCUGAAGAAGAGAAUCCAGGGCCCCAUUCCAGAGCGAAUCCUUGGAAAGAUGACAGUGGCAAUAGUGAAGGCAUUGCUGUACCUGAAAGAGAAACACGGUGUCAUCCACCGGGAUGUCAAACCCUCCAACAUCCUCCUGGACGCUAAAGGUCAGAUCAAACUGUGCGACUUCGGCAUCAGCGGACGCCUCGUCGACUCUAAAGCCAAGACCCGAAGUGCCGGCUGUGCUGCCUACAUGGCGCCUGAGAGAAUAGACCCUCCAGACCCCACCAAACCUGACUAUGACAUCCGAGCAGACGUGUGGAGCCUUGGCAUCUCUCUGGUGGAGCUGGCCACGGGACAGUUUCCUUACAAGAACUGCAAGACAGACUUUGAGGUUCUUACCAAAGUGCUGCAGGAAGAUCCUCCUCUGCUGCCUCUCAGCAUGGGCUUCUCCCUUGACUUCCAGUCCUUCGUCAAAGACUGCCUCACAAAGGAUCACAGAAAAAGGCCAAAAUACCACCAGUUGCUGGAGCAUAGUUUCAUCCGGCGUUACGAGGUGCUGGAGGUGGAUGUGGCUGGUUGGUUCCAGACGGUGAUGGAUCGCACUGAGUCGCCUCGCAGCAGCCAGUGUUACAGCCAUCAGCACCAGCUCCACUCGCUCUUCAGUAGGUAGCCUAGCCUAGCCCAGCUCGGCGUUAGCUUAGCCAGACGCUAGUCUAGCCUAGCUUUAGCUUUGCCAAGCCCAGACUCAGUCUGUCCUAGUCUAGCCCAGCGUUAGCAGCUAAGCCUAGCGUUAGACCCAACCCACCUGUCCAUCUGUCCACCGGAUCACUUGAAGAGCCCACAGAGGAGCGGGAGGGACGGAGACUCAAUGGAGGACUCUGGAUGGACAGAUGAACGGAGAGAUGGACUGAUGGAUGGAUGGAUGACACAGGUGGAUCUGUUUAUCAAUGUGUUGAAUCUGGACAGGCAGACAUGGGAAGGGGGAAAGAGAAAAAGGUGCACACUGUAGUUAGCUUCAUUCAUUUACACACUGUCUCGUCACACGAUCUUAACAUGUCACAUCACAGUGGGUGUAAACAGCCACACACACUUGCAUAAAAACUGUUUGUGUAUCUUGGAUGUGUUUCUACAUUUCCUCCACUUUUCAUUAUUUUUCCAUCCACGUCUGUCUCCAGCAUUAAUCCAAGUCUUUGGAUUAGUCAACAGAGUAGUCACUACACACUGGAACAAAGCAUCUGCUACAUUAGCAAACCUGAAUCUCUCUUGUACAUAAACAUUAUGGCGGACACAACAAUGUCUUGUGCAAUUACGAUUCUUCAGGUGUUUCUGCUAUCACACAUUCUCAGGCUGUGUGUGCGUGUGCGCGUGUGUGUGUAUCAAUAUCAAGACACAGUCACUGGUUGGUUUUACAAGUGAGAUUAUAUUUCCUAGUUAUUUAAUCACCUUGACACUACAAGAAUGAAUUAAUCUGUUGGCUGUGCUUCAUUUUUAACAUGUAAGGAUAGUAAUUCUCAUUAACUUGGAUAUGAAGUACGUUUAGAAUAUCCAUCAUUGUAUUUAGCAACUGCAUAAUUGGAGGAAAAAACACUGAAAAAUAAUGACAAAAAAAUUAGCGUUGCAUUUUAGCUUUGUAAAAAAAGUUGUUUAUGGAUUUUGUGUAUUCAGAAUGGUGUAGAUGAAAUAAGAGUGUUACAAGAGAUGGUGGGAUGCUAGGAAAAGAAAUGAUGAGUUAGAAAGGCGAAGUGUCAGACUAUUUCUAGAAGUGUGUGAGAAGAAAGCAGAGAAAGUAGAAGAAGAGGGGAGUUUUACUCUGAUGACGUUUGAAAAAUUUAAUAACUGUUACUAGUGUGAGAAACGAGAGAGGUUGGAGGUAAAAAUGGGAGCAGAGUGCUUUUUCAUAAAGAGGAUACAGAACGGGAGCUUAUCUUGUACAAAGAAUAUCAGUGCGGUAAAUCUUAUCACCUGUGGAGCAUUUCUUUACUUCACUCUCUGUUUGUCUACCUCUUCCCCUUUGUCCACCUCUCUGUCUGCCUUCAUUGUGAUGUAGUGCUCCACAGUGUUACCAGACCAAAGGCUGCAUGUAGGUUGUUGUUGGUGGAGGCCAAGAGCUUUUGACCUGCUCCUGUGAAAAUUUCAGACAUUAAGAAACACAGACACAAAGACACGUGAAGCAUGUUAUGGUGUUUUUAGAAUCUCAAGCAGGGGUCUCAAACUACCAGAUCUGACCCACAAAGUCAUAAAUGUUUUUUGCUAUAACGUGUCAUUACGAAGUUAAUGUUGAUUGCACAAUAAUGGCUAUAGAAUAAUGACACCAUGUCGAUUGAUUAAUCAAGUAAUUGUACCUACUCACAGUAAGAUAAGACAUACUGCAUGCAGAUUUAGCGCAGCAAUCCUGGCGCAACAAUGUGUCUUUCAAAACCCAAAAGAAAGGUUGACCUGGAGCAUAGACAGUUUCAAGCAACCUGAACAAUUGAUUAUUUUCUCGUUGAGUUUAAUGUGACUGUUUCCUGUCUCAUCUGUAAGGAUGAGACUGCCGUUCUGGGUGAUGUGACUUUGAGACCCCUGAACAAGAGAAUUAUUGAGACAAAAUUAAGUGUGUCAGGCUUGAUAAAUCAGGCACACCUGAACCGGUCAAUGUGUUUGAAACUGCGACGUAUAGAUGAACUUUAUGAUCGCAAUGUCUUACUGCCUCCCCUGUGGCAGGGCCACAGCCAAAGCCUGCUAGAUGUGUAGACUCAAACCUCCCACGCCCCGUCAUGCACCAAACCAAAUCACUGCUAGACACAGAGAACUGAGGACUGGCAACGAUAGAGAGAGGAAAACGUUAUGUGUCCGAGAGUGAGAGAGAGAUCCUGGAAUGUUGGCAGAAACGAUGAGUGAAAAUGAAAUGACAGGAAAACGAGAGGAGAGUAUGGAGUGAGGUGAAAAGGAAGACAGGGAGUGUUCAGAAAGUUGGAUGGGAGGUUGCAGAAAAGUCAGAGACAAACUGGAGUUGGAUGACAAGAAGUAAGUGUGUAAAAAAACAAAAACCGAGAGGAAACAUGGAAGGAAAACGUCAGGCCGAGUUUCACGGAACUGCCGAGCUCUGAGGCUAGCUGGUUAUUGUGAAAAGCUUUCAUGGUGUUACACCAACCUACCAAUUAUGAUUUUAGCGAGUGAGUUAGCUUGUUGUGUUGAUGAUGUGUACUGUUCUGUUCAAACAAUGUUAUUUAUUUACAUUGCUACUGCUGCUACUUUUUUAUUGCUUUAGACGCUGCUGCCACUUCUUUUCCCCAAAGGACAAAUAUUUUAUUCUUUUUCUUUUAAGCCAAAUAAGUGAAAUAAUGCAAUGUCAACACGUUACCAAAUACAGAAGGGCAAGUCUGAAGAGGGCAAAAGCAAGUGAGAGAGGGUGAGACGGAUUAGAAGAGAGGGUGAGCGCAGGGAGGUCGGCUUCACGGAAAGUACUAACAAACAAAAUACACACCUCACCUCAAAUGUAGCUCUAUGUGUAAUGGAAGUAGUUAAUCAUGUAUACCACAACGUCACACUAAACUGUACAGUGUAGAUAUGAUUAGAGGGGUUGUCUGUCUGUCUGUCCAGAUGCUUUUUGCCACAUCCAUUCUUUACUCUCUCCAUCCCUCCAUCUGUCUACAGGUUGCCUGCAAGCUUGACAACCUUGACAGUUCACACCAAAGGUGUCCACAACUCAACAAAAAUAAGAAAGAGCGUUGUUGUUAUUGUUAUGACUAUUGUUAUUGACCUUAUAAUGGAUUACUCUCAGCUAUGGUAUAUAUGAAAUCUCUUUAUAGCUAGUGGGAGAAGGGGUGGUGGGGGUGGGGUCUCUGUAGUAUAGCAGUGCUGUGUGUGUGUGUCAUACAGUAUACUAUACAGGGGGAGACUGUUAAACUAACACGCGACAAGGCCCCAGCAACACAACCAGCCAGCUCGUCCUUCAACUCAGUUAAUCAACUCACUGCGGGCCUGUAUGAGGAAGUAAAUCCAGCUCAGUGUGGCUCUCUGUGGGCUACCUGGCUCCACCGAGCCGCUCAACGUUAGCAAUCCUGGAUAACUGGUAUCACACAGCUGGUUACCAACUGGCUCCGUUAAAUCUGGGUUUUCCAGUCCAGCCAUGAGUUCUUAAUCCAAAACCAAUCAAAUGUAACAUAUUUAAACCCAAAUUCAAAGUCUUGUUACCUAACAGCGAUAUAUACACCAAUACUGAUAUAUCUGCAGCAAGCUAACAUAGGCUGAUAUAUCGAUCGAGCUCUACUGUUUCCCCACACAGGCUGAGUAGCACCGCGUCUUGUGAUGAGUAAACCAAAUUUUAUAUGUAAAAAAAUCUGCAGCUAACAGUCACUAAUUAGGCUGUUAGUGUGUUCAUCUGUCAUGUCUGGAGUUUGAAAACUAAAGUGGUUAUGUAAAAAACGCUCAAUGUCUGACAUAAUUAUCAUGGAAAUGUGUGUGUCUCUGUUUCUUGUUACUUUAUUGUAAACUCUGUUAAAAGUGAGCCAGCUUUGUGAUACCAGUAAAGCUCAGAGAUUGCUCAUAUUUUGAUACAGGCCCAUUGAGCAGAUGUGACUGUGAGGUGGCAGUCCGUUAGCUCAGCCUUUGUCGGGUUUUAAUCUGGAGGCCAGCCAGUGACCUGGAACUGAUUUAACACUGGACAGGAGCUCUUGUUGUUGGUGUUCCUGCUCUUGUAAACUCUCCAGAUGACAGGAUUAGGGGCUGAUCGUCACAGACCUGCUCAGCCCCCCUGCUAAAACUGUUGUAUGAAAAACUUGAAUCUGGUGCUUAGCAUCAUCAGCUGUACUGCACUGCCAGCACAGCCUGAGGUGUACUCAUUGGUGCAGUUUCAGAAACACUCUAGGACUCUGUACAACGUUCACUGUUCCAACUCUGUAUGUGCAUCUCGUGUCCAAACACAAAGCUGGACCCAGUCUCCCACUGUUGAGGGUCUUUGUUAUUAAGCUGAUGUGUAUUUUACGCACGCACACACUCACUCCACCAUGCUGUUUGCGUGCAUUUCCAUCCAAACACCUGAUUGGGUGAUGGUGCCAUGCGACACCCCUGUGAAACCAAUCACGUCAGGCUAGGUGUGCACCUGCUGAAUGAGAACCAAUGACUGUCAAGUGUGUGUGCGCGAGGAAACAAAACAUCUUAUUACUAACCUACACACACAGCAAAUGUAUAAAGUUAACCAGUUCUACACAGCAAUGCUUGCUGUGUGUGAGGUGUGAGGCCAGGGUUGGACAGUAUAACUGCUAGAUCAUAGCACGUACCUGCGCUGUGCCUCAACACCGAGGGGGUGCACACACACGCGUGUGUGCGUGCGUCUGUGUCGUAAACCCAUCUGUAAGUAAACCAAAUAUCAUUUUCACUAUGCAGUCAUUCAAACCAUGUCAGCUUGCUUCGAUGGGAAGAAAAAGCCUUCUGUACAUACACAGAUUUAGGGAUGAACUGGAGUUAGCGACAGUGUGUUUUUCUUUUUCGAGCCCCCCCUCCCAGUGUGAUUAACAUCACCGCCUUCAGCUAGUUCACAGAGAAGAGAGAGCAAGAGAUAUGUUCUGAAUGAGCUGACAAAUAUUUAAGGAUUGUAUUGGGGUCAGGGAGGGACAGGGUUAGCCUGGGGUUUGUAGUCUUGGGGGAGAUACAGAUCAAUGCUGUAAAGUAUAUCAAUUGCAUGUUAUUGUCACCGUUGUAAUUGCCAUUGUUUUUUUUGUUUUGUUUUGGGUUUUUUUUGUUGUUUUUUCUUCCAAGACAACGGUUGGUUGGGGUGGGGAUGCACAAAACUUUAUCCUUAUUUAUGAUUUUUACACAUAUAGUUUGUAAUUUGUUUUUGUUUUUGCAAAAAUGUUGAAUUGUUGUGUACUUAGGAAAAGACACACUUUUUUUUUUUUUUUUUUGCCUUUUUUAAAAUGUUGUCUGUUAAUUUUGCAAUAUACUCUUUCACUUUGGACCCGUCACUAGUUGCCGAGGAGGAGGAGGAGCUGUAUCUUUAUCAGCAGACUGUGUUUGUUAGAAAAACGUCCUGUUUUCCCCUCAUUCAUGUGCCGUGUGUCUUUCUUUUCGGUUAGCUGUGGGUGCAAGCGGCGAGUGUGUGUGAUGUUUAUUCGUCUACCAAAAGUCUUUAUUGAUGGUGAUUAUUAGUAGCUUUUAUUUUUGUCCUUUGUUUCGUUUUUUUAAUUCUGAUUACUAUGAUUACUGUUUUUAUUAUUAUUAUUUUUGUUGUUAUUAUUAUUCAGGGCAAAGAUGACACCAAAUUGAACAAAGAAAUAAAUGGGUGAUCCCAGACAGUGCUGAGGGCUGGACAGUGUUGUCCGUCUUUCUAAAGGUUUCCUUUACUGGCGAGGUGGAGCAGUCGUUUUUUUCUCACCGUUACGCUGUAGUAUCUGUCCACCUUAUUUAAACCGCCACAUAAAGGUAACCUCCUAACUGAACGUCUAAUAGUAUUUUUUAUUAUUAUUAUUAUUUUAUUUUCCUUUGAUCAGAUAUCAUGAUCGAUUUAUUUGUUACCCCAGUUUGGGUCAUAAGUUGUGUGCUGUUAUUUAAUUCUUUUUCCCCUAAUCCAUGCGCUCUGCUUUUGGAUUUUAUUUUUUAUUCUAUUUUAUGGUUAUUAUUUUUUAUUCUUUCUGGUUUGUCUGAUGCUGUAGUAGUGAGCUGAUUGGUCAUAUACCAGAGGGUUUUUUUUUGUUUGUUUUCUCUAAUGCUGAGACUGUUGUGACUGACGUUGCACUUGCGAUGGGUUUUAUUUUGUUUUGUGUUGCAGAUUGUUGUGCAGAGAGGAGAUUAUUUGGUGUUUUCUUUAAAGUCACAGCAGUUAUUUUAUCAAUCAUAGAUCUGUGACACAGAGCAAGAAAAAUUAUUCUACAGUGUAUUUUUUUCACUGAUAUUUAUUUAUUGGUCAUAUGUAUGUUUUUUGGUUUGUUUGUUUGUUUGUUUUUAUGUGUAUUGCUUUUUUGUGGAGGGCAAACAGGACUCAAGGUAGAGGAGUAGUCUCUCAUUGGCAUUUUACCAUUGUGUACAGAAAGCAAAAUAUUGUAUUCAGCCAUCACACUAACGUACAGUCUAUAAAGUAAUAGAUUAAGAGGUUAAAAUAGAAAUGUACAGCACAGUAAGAAACAAUGUUUCUGGCUUUACUGUGGCUGUCUGACUUACUGAUAUCCAUUAUUUUGUUUGCUGUUUACCCUCUCAGAAGGCCCCAACAAACAAACUGCUCAUGGGUUAAAGCUGAGUAACCACAGCAUGGUGUAUUUGAACUCUAGUGCUUCGCUAAUAACUCACAGUUAAAGCUUGUCAUGUUUGAAACUUGGAUGGUUUUUAUCAGUAAGUACUGAAUGCCAGCUACAAAGCAGACUAGUUUUUUGUUUUGUUUUGUUUUAAGUAUUAGGUAUUUCAGCUGAUGAUAACUACUAUGAUAGUGGACUGAUUGGCCUGUUAUUAAUCUGCACUCCCCGUUAGCAAGGUGAGACAAGCCUGCUUUGAAUUAUCAUUGAGGUUUGUUGCUUGGUUUUUCUAAAUGCAGUCUGAAGUCUAGAUUGCAUGACUUUGCUAGUUUGCAGGGUGGGGGGAGGAUCCACUUCAGUCACCGCUGUUGCAGUUCAAAGGCUUCUUGUAUGUACGACGCCAUGGAUUUAUUGUCUUGACAGUUGUAUCAAUCGACACAGCUUUACUGCCCGUUUCUUUCAUUUUUAUUUGUUUGUUUGUUUUUGGCUGUAUUUUACCCCCCCCUCCCCGUUCACCCCCAGUCUCAUUUCAAACAGAAUAAAUGCCAUUAUAUUGUGAAUACCUCAGGAUUUUUUUGGAGAAAAAAAAUAAUAAAACACCUAAAAAUCAAAUAAAUAAAUAAAUAAAAACUCA